AUGGGCAAGCGUAAGAAGUCAAGCUCGAAGCCCCAAGGGCCCAAAAAGAGGGAGCCUCUUGCUACCACCUUUUCCUGUCUCUUCUGCAACCAUGAGAAUUCUGUGGUCGUCAAGUUAGACAAGAAGCUUGGCCUUGGCGAUCUAUCCUGCAAAGUGUGUGGCCAGAAGUUCCAAACUGGUAUCAAUUAUCUCUCCGCCCCCGUUGAUGUAUAUUCCGAUUGGGUAGACGCAUGUGAUGCAGUUGCGAAGGACACUGCCAACCAAUAUGACGCACCGAACCCGAGCCAACAGAGAGGAAUCAGCAAGCAGGGUAUUCCAGAAGAGACUGGGCAGGGCGAUGGCUAUGAUGAUGAUGACUACUGA